GAUUUUUCAUUCUUCCAGUUGCAAUUCUGAUAUUGUUUUUUAAUGGAAGACCAGUUCUUUUCUCAUAUUCCUAUUUAAAUUGACAUCCAAAAGGCCGACAAAAGUAGCUUGAUUAAUUUUUCCUGAGAAACAUUAAUUUGGUCAUGGCUUCCAAACCUUUUCUUCCCAUCUUGUUGUCUACUCUUAUUGCCUUUACGUCUCUUGUUUCUCAUGCUGCUGCUGUAGCUGAUACAAAAUCUUUACCUUUUGAGUUCCUUAAACAUCUUCAAGGAUGCCAUAAAGGUGACAAGCUCAAAGGCGUCGGUGAGCUCAAAAAGUAUCUUAAACAUUUUGGUUACUUGAGCUAUAAUAAGAAUCAAUCUCAUGCCAAUGAGGAUGAUGAUGACGAUUUUGAUGAUCCUUUAGAGUCUGCUAUCAGAACAUAUCAACUCAAUUACCAUUUGAAUGUCUCCGGACUCUUGGAUUCCGAAACGGCAUCCAAGAUGAUGAUGCCUAGAUGUGGGGUGGCAGACAUCAUUAACGGCACUACUUGGAUGGAGUCCGGCAGGAAACACCAUCGUCAUCCCCAUCGCCAUCAUCAUCGACGACACGGUCCCAAAUCUUUACAUAAGGUUUCUCACUAUUCUUUCUUUUCAGGAAAUCCCAAAUGGCCUCCUUCUAAGUACCAUUUGACCUACUCAUUUCUUCCAGGAUUUCCAACCGCAGCUGUGAACCCAGUUGCCAAUGCUUUCGAAACAUGGGCUGCUAAUACUCACUUCAGUUUUUCUUGGACGCGAGAUUACAUAAACUCUGAUAUUUUAAUAAGCUUUCACAGAGGGGACCACGGAGAUGGUCAUCCUUUUGAUGGUCCAGGAGGGACUCUCGCCCAUGCUUUUGCACCACAAAAUGGGCUAUUCCAUUACGAUGCAGAUGAGAGAUGGUCUAUAGGUGCAGUACUAGGUGCUUAUGACUUGGAGACGACAGCUUUACAUGAAAUAGGUCACCUUCUCGGACUAGGUCAUAGCUCAGUAGAGGGUGCUAUCAUGUAUCCCCAAAUCUUCGCCGGCGAGACCAGGGGUUUGCAUAGUGAUGAUCUUGAAGGUAUUCGGACUCUGUAUAAUAUUGUUUGACAGGAUUUUCAUGCCACUUGUCAGUAGGACUCGUAUCGUGUUAUAUAUAACGGAUGUUUUAUCAGUAAGCUAAAUUCGUGUCUUACAAUUGUAUCUUUGUAAUCGUACCAGGAAUAUAAUAAAAACCUUGAUGUUAUCAAAAUAAUAUAGAAGCAAAUUGAAAGGAUGAACAUUAAACAGUUUGCUAUGAUUUUUUCA